AGAGAGCAGCCAAUCGAUUUGCACGUCAACGUCACAACCCGGAAGAAAGAAACUCAAACGAAAAGAGCGCCUUGGUUAAAAAUAUUUGGAGAGCAGACGCUUUCUGAAGCUUCCUCCUCCUCUGUUGCCAUGAGUUUCUUCCCUGGUCCAUCCGGCCCCCUUGUGCACACCAGUAUUCAGGAGCAGAGGGACCGCUGGGAAAGGAAACGCAGCCGAACGGCAAGAGAGCUGGUCCAGACAGAGCAGCGUUACUGCCAGCAGCUGGAGCUGGUCACCACUUACUUUGUGGAGAUUUUGAAGGCCAAAGGAACCCUAAGGCAGGACAUUAGAGAAAGCAUCUUCAGUUCAAUUAAAUCCAUUCAUUCAGUAAACCAAUCUCUGCUGGUUCAUUUGGAGAAUGGUUACUUUGGCCGUGGCUUCGACCAGUUCUGCCCACAGCUAUACCACUACAAAACCUAUGUGGAUAACAUUCAUAAUGCCAGCAAGGUGCUCAAGAUCCAGCUGAAGAGGAACAAAGCCUUCAGACGCUUUAAGAAACUGCAGGAAGACAGACCGGAGUUUAACAACUGUAAGCUGGAGGAGCUGCUUCAGCUUCCCACUCAGCGCAUUCAUCAGUAUAAGUAUUUCCUACAAGACCUGACAGAGAACACAAGUCCAGACAACCCAGAGUUUCUACAGCUUUCAAGGGCAGUGACGUCAGUCUCCGAGGUGUCCCGCCGUAUUCAGGACAACGCCCGCAGCCAUGAGAAUCACCUGCAGCUUUGCCGGGUGCAGAAACUGCUGAAAGGGCAAAAGACCAAGGUGCUGGCUGCAGGGAGAUGGUAUAUCCGUGAGGGCUGGCUGAGGAUGGUACCUCGUAAAGGUGCCGAGACCAAGCCGAAGAUGUUCUUUCUGUUCUCCGACAUGCUGCUGCAGGCCAAACGCUGCAGUCCGCUGCAUCCCACCAGCGGAGACAAGUUUGUUGGCCAGCAUGCCUAUCCCCUACAGGAGUGCACUGUGGAGAAGGUGUUUGGCCACACCAGGAGCCAGGGAGGCCUGCUCAGCCUGACAUUCCCCCAAGCAAAACUCCUACUGAUGUCCAGUGACCAAGAGGAUCUCAAUGACUGGUUUGAAAGCCUCAGCUCUGCUAUCCGAAAGCUGCAAUCUAAUAGCACAGUGGUCCAUAGGAGAGAUGAGCUGUGCAGGAAGCCCCUUCAUGCAGCCCCCGACAGCCACAAUACACCAAGCAGCUCCAACACACCUGGCAGGAAGAGGAAUAUGGUGAGUGCCAAGCCCGAUGAGCGUGUGCUGGCACCUCCAGCAGGGCAGGAGGACAUCGCCCCCAAGAGGAUGAAGCUGGUCGACACACCAGUGCAGAGCAGUCCAGAGGCGGCCACCUCCAGCUGUGUGAUCCUCUGAUGGGUCUCUCCUGCAGAAGGAUCAGACGUGCAGAAUCGUGCCGUGGACCCAUACCAAGCUCUCCUGCCAGCUUCUUCAUGACAUCACUUUGUAUUUCUACUUCAUUUUGAUAAAUGUGACACAGAUGUAAUCGUGUCCUUGGCUUGUAACAUUACAUAUUUUUUCACUUUAUUUUUUGCUCUGUACUGUUGGAAAUCUGAACAUGAUGGGAGAGAUCUGGAUCUGGAUCAGCAGUUUUAACCUCUUCCACUGUGCAAUAUAAAACAAAGCUGAUGUCAAGGAAGCAAUGUCUGACAAAUGUUUCUUUUGCAAAAGCCAAAAUAUAUAAAAUCUACAAUUUUUAUGCCAAAAAAAAGUUUUUCUGGGAUUUUUCAGGCUGGAGACGCCUCAGAAAGGGCAUUUAGACCACCUCAAACUGUACCAGCCCCCAUUUUUAAUAAAUGAAUAUCAUAAGCAUAUAUCAAUCUAACCACAGGAAGUAUCUUAGGAUUUUCUGCACGUCAACAUGUUUGUAAUUUACUGCUCGCUUUCUGCAGUAACAGCUGAGGAGCAUGCAGGAGACUCUGUUCUUCAUCUGCCUGCAUUUUCUGUAGUUUGGAAGAGGAAGACAAAGUUCAAACAGCUUCAUUUUCCUUCCACACCACCAGGAGUCCAUCUACCCCAACACCACAAGCCUGCCAGCUUACAGCCACACACUCGAACCCUUUGAAACCUCACUGAAAUUCCUUUUUGUCUUUUCAAAUAUAUUUUUUAACAAUAUGUUACAUAAACAUUAGAUAUAUCUUUUCAGUAUCUAUUUCAGUUUUUUCUUUUUCGUGUGCAUGAAUUGUUUUAAAUUUUUAAAUUUUUACAUUUUUAAGCCCCCCCCCCCCGCCCCCCGUUAAAAAAAAUACUUUUUCAGAAAUUGCUACUAUGUGCAAUGAAAAUUUUGUUUGUUUGUUUGUUUGUUUGUUUCAGGAAAUAGACUGAUUUGGUUGGGGGUGGAAUAACAGCUGUUUAAAUCAAUUGUUUUACUGCCAGAUAAUAUAAUCAUUCAUGCAUUUAACAUUGCAUUAGCGCAUACUCAUACGUUGUAUCUCAUUGAUGGCUGCACUCUAAAAGAUGACAUUAUGGUUUGAUUUUUUUUUAUUUUUCUAUGAAUUCUAAUCUUCUAGGCAGAUGCUCAUUUCUCUGUAAUUACUUUGGCUGAUUAUUUCCUAUUAUAUCCUCUUUCUAAAAUCAGAAUGUAUCCCUUUAUACACAUAUAUACACUCAGUGGCCACUUUAUUAGGUCCACCUGUACAGUCUAAUGCAGUUCAAUGCAAGAGCUUUGCCAUAAAUUCUACCUUUUAAGAAAGUUUAUAAUGUUCAUGUUGACAUUGUGGAGAAUGGGUCAAUUUAAUUCUAUGUUUACUUUCUGAGGUAGUUUGCAGAGGUCUUGUGCUGGACUACAUUAUAUUGAGAGGUGUUUCUAAUUUUUUGUCCUCUCCAUUUAUAUGCAUGACAGGGGACAAGAUGUUGGAAACACAAUUUAGUACAACAGCUGCACUAACUAUGAGCUCAAGGUCCAACAUAAUUAAACAUAAUAAAAAGAAAAGAAAAAAGAAAAAAAGAACAAAAAGAAAAUCUGAGUAUUACAGGCAUCAUAAAAGAUAAACUGUGCAGGUAGACGGUAUCAAGUGGCCACUGAGUGGGGACACACACACACACACACACACACACACACACACACACACACACACACACAGACACAGUAUAUAUACAUAUAUAUAUAGAUAUAUCUAUAUCUAUCUGUCUAUUUAUAUCUAUCUAUCUAUCUAUAUAGAGAGAUAUAUAGAUGGAUAGAUAGAUAGAUAUGUUUCUUUGAAUUUGUAUGUUGUGUUUUACUUACUACAAUCGAGCUGCUAUGUAAAACAGAUCAUAACUGCUGCUCUAUGCAUAUGUGUCAAUAAAAUGAAUG